AUGUCCAUGAGGAGCCCCGUUUCUCCCCACCUGGAGCUCGAUGGAGCGGGCAGCAUGGUGAACUGCACCAUCAAGACGGAGGAGAAGAAGGAGGGUGGCUACGAGUCCCCGCCGGGGGCUGCCCCCAGCACCGAGCCCCAUCCCAACGACCCCCCGGGGCCACCGCCGAGGGAAGGCACCGACCCCCAGGCCCUGCCACAGGAGUCCUGCUCGCCCGCCGGUGAUGUGCUGGAGCCCAGGCGCUCUGCCUUCGAGCCAGCUGUCAGCGGCCAGGAGAAGCUGGACUUGAACAAGAACUUGAAGGAGGUGAUGCCAGCCAUCGAGAAGUUACUGUCCAGCGACUGGAAGGAACGGCUCCUGGGCCAAAAAACCGCCGAGUCCAAAGAAGUGAAAGGAACCCAGGAGAGCCUGGCAGAGAAGGAGCUCCAGUUACUUGUCAUGAUCAACCAGCUGUCCACGCUGCGGGACCAGCUCCUGACAGCCCACUCGGAGCAGAAGAACAUGGCCACGAUGCUCUUCGAGAAGCAGCAGCAGCAGAUGGAGCUGGCACGGCAGCAGCAAGAGCAGAUCGCCAAGCAGCAGCAGCAGCUCAUCCAGCAGCAGCACAAAAUCAACCUGCUGCAGCAACAGAUCCAGCAGGUCAACAUGCCCUAUGUCAUGAUUCCCGCCUUCACCUCCAGCCACCAACCUCUCCCCGUCACUCCUGACUCCCAGUUAGCGCUGCCGAUCCAGCCCAUUCCCUGCAAACCAGUCGAUUACCCGGUGCAGCUGCUGCAUAGCCCCCCUCCUCCCACGCUGAAGAGACCCACCGGCUCGGGCCACCUCCAGAUGCAGGAGACCUCACAGCCGCUGAACCUGACAGCCAAACCCAAAGGUUCCGACCUCCCCAGUGCCUCCAGCUCACCCAGUUUGAAGAUGAGCGGUUGCCAGUCCCUCACGCCGAGCCACGGGGCCACCAGGGACCUGCAGACCAGCCCGUCCAACCUGCCUCUGGGGUUCCUGGGCGAAGGCGAUGCCAUCACCAAAGCCAUCCAGGAUGCGCGGCAGCUGCUGCAUGGCCACAGCGGAGCCAUGGAGGGAUCGCUGAGCAACGCGUACCGCAAGGACCACGUUGGGAUUGAUUCUUCCCCAGUGAAGGAGCGGAUGGAAGAGACCUCUGCCCACCGGCUGGACGAGGCUCUGUUGACCUGUGAGAUGGACGGCUCACGGCACUUCCCCGAGUCCAGGAACAACAACCACAUCAAGCGGCCCAUGAAUGCCUUCAUGGUGUGGGCGAAGGACGAGAGGAGGAAGAUUUUGCAGGCCUUCCCAGACAUGCACAACUCCAGCAUCAGCAAGAUCCUGG